UCCAUGUGUUCUUCACCGUCACCUCUGCCAUUUUCCAUCAGCCCCUUGCCCGAAUGGAAGAAAAGCUUGGUCACUCCAUCAAGGCUGGGAUCGUUGUAUCGAUCGACGAUCAUCGUUCACCCUGAUGGUCAGACGUCCUUCGACGACAGGGGGUGGAUUCAUCAACGCAGGCAGUGCACCGAUCGCUUCCAGCAAUCCGGUGCAGCAGUUCACAGCCCGCUUCUCAUGUGCGUCACCAACCUUCAUGCCGAUUCCAUCAGCUUUUGCUAAAGCACGUGACUUCAGUGUGGAAAGCACAUGGUUGAUCAUGCAGUGCAGGGUCCCUCCUGGCAGUGAUAUGCAGAGCGCGGGCGGGACUUGGCAUGCGCCGGGGGUAGAGAGGUCGUCAUAUUUUUUGGUGUCGGAUGGCUUUGUCUCCAGCAUGGCGUCACAUGAGGUUGACGGCCGUCCUGCACACACACCGUCCGGCCGUGGGUACAGUAGCGAUGACUCCGCAAUUCCAACACAAAGGCACAACCGUCAUGUGACACCCCCUGCGAGGCCCUCUGCAACAGUGGACAAUGAUUUUGUUGUCGCGGACAACCAGGAUGAUCACAUGUCCGUCGACGGUGCUGGAGAGAGGAACAGGGGCACUGCAGAUGGUGCUGGCAUGCAGGAUGUCGCCAGCGGAAGGUCCACUGAGGAUGUCGGGAAGCCUUCACAAGCCACUCUGACAGAUAGCGCGAAAAAGAACAAGCCUUGGGUGUUGGAGGAGAAAGUGGAUCUGGCGGAGGGCAUGAGAGGAUGACGCACUCAUGGCGAGUGCAAGUGGGAGGCACGAACAUA